CCAUGUCCACUGUUGGCACUGCUGAAAGGAUAGAAGACUUUUCUACAGAAGUGACAGUGUACCGCUGCAGGAACUGUAACAGCUGCACAUGCAAGUCUGGGGCAAAUGAUUUUGAAAACUUUAAAAAAAUCGCUGACACACAAAACAACAUAUUUUCAGAUGUAAUAAUAGAGUUGGAGACCAAUAAAACCCACACCACUGUUUGUUUUGAGGAACCAAAUUUCUGUCUUGAAGAAGUUUAUGGCAUCUUCUGGAGGAGAGAUGGGGGAUCAGGACUCUCGUGUGGCACCCUGAGUUCUGGAGAAAAUGGAAGAGGUGACAUCAGUACUGAGAAGACUAUUUGCUGUGAAGCAGAGACAGAUACCAGGAGAUACAAUCCUGAAGUGAAGUGCUUCUACACUCAAAAGUCACGUCCAAAACUCAAGACACUUCCAGUUGGCGAUCCUGCUGAGAGAAUUGCAGGUAAUCCUGAAUUUCUCACCAGCACAGAGAGCAGCCCUGGCAUGCGGAUCGGCAUCUCGUGUGCAGUCCUGUUUGUUGGGAUUUGCACACUAUUGGUUGCCAUGUAUUACUGCCGGCAGCGGCAUGGCCAAGCUUGUAGGCGAGGCCGACAGGCUCCUGAAGGAGAAAAUCUUGUACAUGUUUGAUAACCAUCUCCAAAAGAGAAGCUCUGCCAGCAGCAUCCUGCUCCUCCUACUUUCUCUAAGGAUGUACAGCAAUCAACUGAACACAGACUGAUUUUUCCAUGAGAACUUCUGCCCUUGUAUUCACAAACAGUUGUGUUUUCACAAAUGUACUUUCACCACAUCCUCA